AGUAGGCGGUAUAACAAAAGAGACCGGGGGGGGAAAAAUGUGGAGUGCAUUCGCUGUCCUCGCAGGCUGGCGGACAAGACCGAGGAGGCAGCCCGUGUGAUGCUCCUGCUGCUGCUGCCGCUGCAACACCUCUGGAGGCGAUGCAGGAGACGCGGUGCAGCAGACGCUGAAGGAGGAAGGCGGUGUAGCCUAUAGGAGGAGAAGACCAGACAGACUACUACAACACCGCCUGAUGGGGGACCGCUGAUUGAGAGAGAAAGCGAGAAAGCGAGAGAGAGAGAGAGAGAGAGAGAGAGAGAGCAGAAGCAGCCCGUGGUGGAGAAGCUAAAGAGAAAGAGGGGAGACAACCGACAAGCACCGGGAUUAGGUGACUGAGCCCGUGAUCGUUCAGCUUCAACACCGCCGACGGAGACCCCCAGCAUCCGGUCGCUGUUUUUUGGGGGGGUGGCAAAAAAAAGAGCCAAAAAUAAACCUUGGUGGUGAUGGAUCUGCAUUCAGCUCUGAACAACAAAGUGAACAGGAUUUCAGUCAUGGCGAGGCUCUUCCUUUCCCUCCUGCUCCUGUGUGGAUGCCAAAACAGCCUCUGCCUGUCCUCCUCAGAGGCUCAGAAGGAGACAGCCACCAAUGACAACAGCACAGUUUUCACUAGGAUCCUGGACGGGCUCCUUGAUGGUUACGACAACAGGCUCCGGCCGGGGCUCGGAGAGAAUGUCACUGAGAUCACGACAAAUAUUUUUGUCACCAGCUUUGGCCCGGUGUCUGACACGGAGAUGGAGUACACCAUAGACGUCUUCUUCCGUCAGAGCUGGAAGGACGAGCGCCUGUGCUUCAAAGGGCCCAUGGAGAUGCUGCCGUUAAACAACCUGCUGGCCAGCAACAUCUGGACGCCAGACACCUUUUUCCUUAACGGCAAGAAGUCUAUCGCUCAUAACAUGACCACGCCCAACAAGCUGCUGAGGCUGAAGGAUGACGGCACUUUGCUUUACACCAUGAGACUGACCAUAUCAGCAGAAUGCCCCAUGCAGCUGGAGGAUUUCCCCAUGGACGCACACGCCUGCCCUCUCAAGUUUGGCAGCUAUGCCUAUCCAGUAUCAGAGGUGGUCUACACUUGGACUCAGGGAGCUGCUAAGUCUGUGGUGGUGGCAGAGGACGGCUCCAGGCUCAACCAGUACCACCUUAUUGGGCAAACUGCUGGCACGGAGAACAUACACACAAGCAGAGGACAAUAUACAGUGAUGAUGGCCCACUUUUACCUGAAGAGGAAGAUUGGAUAUUUUGUCAUCCAGACAUAUAUGCCCUGUUUCAUGACUGUAAUCCUGUCCCAGGUGUCAUUUUGGCUAAACAGAGAAUCAGUUCCUGCGAGGACUGUCUUUGGGGUGACCACUGUGCUGACCAUGACCACCCUCAGCAUCAGUGCCAGGAACUCGCUCCCUAAAGUGGCCUACGCUACAGCCAUGGACUGGUUCAUUGCCGUCUGCUACGCUUUCGUCUUUUCUGCCCUCAUUGAGUUUGCCACAGUGAACUACUUCACCAAGAGGAGCUGGGCCUGGGAUGGCAAGAAGGCUUUGGAAGCACAGCACCCUAAGAAACGAGACCCCAUGGUGCUGUCGAAAAAGCCCAACAACGUUUGCUCGGCGGGUGUGAACUAUACCCCGAACCUCACCAAGGACGUGUCCAUCUCCACAAUCUCCAAUACAACGUCGGUGCAGCUACGAACCUCUGAGACCAAGAUGGUGGACCCCAAGAAGACCUACAACAGCGUCAGCAAGAUCGACAAGAUGUCGCGGAUAGUGUUCCCUGUCCUCUUUGGAACCUUCAACCUCGUCUACUGGGCCACGUACCUUAACAGAGAACCAGUGGUGAAAGGAGCUGUCACCUCAACGUAAUCACUCUCUUUUUUCUUAUUUCUUUUUGGAAACAGAGUUUGUGUAAGGAAGGAAGUUUGAGCCUGGUUGGAGAGUGGGUGGACUAAAAGGAAAGGGGUUGUUGUAAAGUCUCUGCCCUAGACAAAAAAAUAAAUAAAAAAGAAAUAUCUGCGCUUGAAGAACAAAAACAAACUAUACUCAGCUAUCUUAUUCAAGCACUUUGAAUGGAUGCAAGGCUGCAACAGAAUCCCUUUCCUGUUUUUCAUGGCCUAAAAAACUGCUUGAUCACAAACAAACUGCUUUUCAGACUAUGUCGAUGAGAGAGUGGGUGCUUUGCUUCUUUCUCAUUAUCCUGCUGCAGUUUGCAUGACGCUCUCCUCAAAAGGAAACCAUGAACUCCUCUUUGUCUUGAAUACCGACAUAUAUAUGUCAAUCACUGCUUAAAGUACGAGAGCACACUUCAUUGCUACAAUUCCAGGAAGGGUUUUAAUUGAACUGAUGUAGACAUUCUGAACAAAUUUAAACGCUUCAUAUUCUUACCAUGGAGGCUUGAAAUGCACUGAGCUUAGGCUAUGAAAACACUGUAAUACAACAUGCAUUUGAAUUUGAAAAACUGAUUUUAAAAAAUGUACCUAAUUCCACUCUGUGUGGAAGAAACAUCUCUUGAGAUUAAUGCUGCAAGUGCAUUAAUAAUUUAGUUUUAUGCCUCUUUUUAAAAAACCUUUGCGAUUUAUUUUUCUCCUAUUGCAGUGAGUGCUUGCCUAUCUCUUUGUACGUCUUUACUUGGAGAUUCAAAGCCUACUGCUGCAGGCCUGGUUUCCCAAAAGCAUUUGCAGUUGAAGUCACAAUGAAGAAUUACAAAAAAAAAAAGGCUACCUGAAGGUGAAAAAAUGGAUUUGGAAGAUCAGCAGGGGUUUCUAAAUAAAGAGGCUCUUCUUCAUUCAUAAAAAAUUAAAAAGUCGUAAUUUAGGGCAGCACACCAACAAGAAUAUAAGAAAAUCGUCUGUGGCCCACUUACACUGAGUGACUGGACAGCUGUGGAUGGUGGGAUCAGACAAACUUGGGAUUGGAUAUAUGUACUAUAACAGAAUUUUGAGUCUGGGUCACUCAGCUAGGAAACUAAUAUUCACAGUUGAGAGACCAGUGCACGAGUGUGUCACAUACAAAUCAGCAGAGUAAUGCUGAGAGUUUUGAGACUGUCAUUAAGUGAGAUGGCAAGAGUUCACACCACAAUUUAGGUGAGCAUCCAUGCUGCUGACAUGUCCUUGGGCAAAACAUUGCAACACUAACAGCUCCAGGGGCCAGUUACACAGAGACAGACUUUAACUAUGGUGCAGAUCAAAUUAAUAGACUUCAGAUAGACGUCUAAAUAAGUCUAUACUGUAGUAAGGCUAAGUAGAACAAAUUUGCCUUGAAUUGUGGGUAAAUGAAGACUUUUUUCAAACUUAUAAACAUGACUGACCUUGCAACUGUUUUGUUAUUGCAGAAAAUGUUUGCCUUCUGGAAGACUGCACAUGUUAAAAAGAUAUUUUAGGGAAAGGGAAAUUCAACCAAGAGAGCAACAAUACAAAAAUCCGCCAGUAUUAUAAAAUCAGAUGGACAAAAAUUCCUCAAGAGAGAGUGAAUACAGGUCAGCAAACCAACAACGUAAAGCCCUGGUCACACCGGAAAGCAAGCUCAGUAGGUCAGUUAAUGGGUGAUUAAGUUCAUACAGUGUAGUACCAUCAACCAUCAAACAUCUCUUUUGUGGAGCAGUUUUUCUCCAACAAAGGAGGGUUAAUAAAGGUGGAUGGUGCAAAACAGCUAAUAAGCUGUUCUAGCUUUUUCCAUUUUAGUCCCUGACUUUCUGUUCCUUCAGAGGUUAGCACUGUCAAGACGGCUUAUUCAUGAAUCAAAAGUGCAAAUUUAUAGUGUAAAUUUCACUAAAAUUGAAACUGACACAAAAACUUUGCACAGAUAUACUUUGCCCAUGCAAGUAAAUUUCAUGAGGAUGGAUUCAUUUAGCCGCAAAAUGUUGCCAUUUUAAAAAUUAGUGUGACCAGACCUUUAAGCUACAAAGAUUUUGGGAAAUUACAAGGGACUCAUGUAAAUAGACUUUAUUUUCUCUUUGCUUUGAUGCAAAAAAGGCGAUAUUAAGAUUUUCACAUUUGUGUUUUAAGCCCUUAGAAGAAAAAAAAAGCCAAAGUCUAAUGGUGACUUUCAAUUUUCUUAAUGUUUUUGUGUACAUGUGUAAGAUUCUUUUCUUCUUGUUGCUUGUAGAAGAGCUUACAUCUGACCAAACUUGGCUUUUAAUGUUUGAAUUGAAUCAGAUUUUUAUGUAUUUAUUUCUACAUUGACUUAAUUAAA